UUAGUUAUGGGCACAGAACAUACCCCCUGGGGGGAUAUUUUGUGGUUAUGAGUUAGUUCGAUUUUAAGUGUCAGGUGGAUUGAGAAAUAAUAAUUAUUGACACUUUUUUAUAUACCAUAGCUGAACCUUUCCUCUAUUCGAAAUCUUUCGAAGUUAUUGGUUUUUGUACGCGGGUUUAACGUUCUUUGAAUUUGGUGCACUAGAAAUCCAUCUUAUUUAACCACAUUGUUCGCUCCUAACCUCAAUAAUCAAUCUCGAUUUACGUCUCUAUUUACACUGGAAUGUUGUUUACCAGUGCCAGCAGAUCGAAGAAAUGGAUGUUCUAGACACGCAUUCCCUGGUUCUGGAUGUGUUAAAUCGAGCAUCCAGCCAGGAUCCUCAAAUUUUAAAACCCGCUGAAGCGAAACUGCGUGAAUGGGAAACCGAACCAGGUUUCUACACUGUUCUCAAUAACGUCAUCUCCAAUCACAGUCUAGAAGUGAAUGUGCGAUGGAUGGCAGUUUUGUAUAUGAAAAAUGGAAUCGAUAGAUACUGGCGGAAGAACGCCCCUCAUGCCAUAUCUGAAGAGGAAAAACAGUGUGUUAGGCAGAACCUAUUAACCGACUUUAUGGAGCCAAUUAGUCAAAUCGCUGUGCAGCGCGCAGUGAUUAUAGGCAAAGUGGCUCGUCUGGAUUGCCCCAAAGACUGGCCCCAAUUAUUCCCCACUCUGUUGCAAGCUGUGGAAACUUCAGACAAUUUAAUGCAACAUCGAGCAUUGCUGACUUUACACCAUGUAGUAAAAACUAUUUCCUCCAAAAGGCUGGCAGGUGAUAGAAAGCAAUUUCAGGAGUUCACCAACCAAAUAUUUGCGUACGUGUUUAAUCUUUGGAACAGAUUCACCGACAGCUUUAUUCAGAGCAUAAUACAAGGAGAAAAUCCUGAACUGUCUCAAAUUCAUCUUGAGAAAGCACUUCUGACACUUCGAAUUUUGCGAAAGUUGUCCAGUUUCGGCUUUUUCAAGCCACACACCAACAAAUACUGCAUGGAUUUUAUGAAUAUGAUUUUUCCCAAAACCAGAAGCAUGUUGAUAUGUUAUAAGGAAAUGAAGAGCAAAAGAUAUCAGCAUAUGGAGAAUUGUGAAAAAUUCAUUAUACAUUUGACAAAAGUGCUUUUGUCUAUGCUGGAUUUCCACCCAUUGUCUUUUAUUGACUUGAUUCAACCCACUUUAGAACUAUGUGUGUUUUACCUAUUUACUGACGAAGGAAUCGUUUUCUUAUUUCAACGCUUCGUUAUACAAUGCUUCAAUCUGAUCAAGGACAUUUUAUUAUGCUCUGAAUAUCGAGCGGCCAAGCCUCAAAAGAUUGUUGUAACUACGGAGGGUUCAAGAGGCUAUGCUAAUAUUCAAAGCUUCUUCACUCCGGAUGCAAUUGCAGACAUUUGCAGAAAAUUAGUGGGACAUUAUUUCGUUUUAACGCAAGAUGAACUGGACGCAUGGGACGCCGAUCCGGAGGCCUUUUCCAAUGACGAAUGUGGCGACAGUUGGAAAUAUAGUUUAAGACCCAGUAUGCAUACAGUGUUUGUAACCAUUUUUCACGAAUACAGAGAAGUUUUAACCCCUGUGAUAUUAGAAAUGAUAAGUACAACCAACGUGAUUGUACCACCUGAAGAUAUGCAACGGAUUUUAAGGAAGGAUGCCGUUUAUAAUGCUGCAGCUUUAUGUGCGUUCGACUUGUACGAUGAGGUUGAUUUCGAUCAAUGGUUCACUAACACUUUGGUAAACGAGCUGAAAAUCAAACAUGUAAACUACAGAUUAAUCAGGAGAAGGGUGGCCGUUUUAAUUGGCCGAUGGACGGGCAUUAAAUUAUCCGUCGAUCUUAGACCCGCCCUGUAUGAAUGUGUUAUUGGAUUAUUGCGACCCGAAGAAGAUAUGGUUGUUCGAUUGACUGCGGCAACGACUCUCCGGUAUGCAAUAGACGAUUUUGAGUUCAACGGGGAACAGUUUAAGGAUUAUAUGUUCAAUGCAUUUGAUUUGCUUUUUACACUAUUAAAGGAAGGCAGUGAGUGCGAAACUAAGAUGCAAAUCUUAAACGUUAUGUGCUUGCUGUUGGAAAGAAUGGGCUCCAAUAUAGUUCCUCACUCAAAGACUUUCGUUCAGUACCUGCCGCAUUUGUGGCAGGAAUCGGAGGAUCACAAUAUGCUAAGAUGCGCUAUAGUUGCCACUUUGGCUGAAUUUGUUAAAGCCUUUGGGAGUGUUCCAGAGGAUUUGACUCACUUUUUGUUACCAAUCAUCCAAAUGGGCACCAACACCAAUGAAAGUUCUAUAGUGUAUCUGUUAGAAGAUGCUUUGGAUUUAUGGACGGCGGUGCUGGAAUAUUCACCCACGAUGACUAACGAGUUGAUGCAACUUUUCAACAAUAUGCCUUCUCUGCUAGAUUAUACUACCGAAACAUUGAGAACCUGCCUGUAUAUUUCGUUGGUGCAUCUACUGUUGGCCCCCGAGUGGGUGAUGCGGAGCCAAGGAAAUCAACUGAUGUCGAUCUGUGUCAGUCUCAUGAGCGACUUGAAGAAUGAAGGUGUAGUCAUGUUGAUGAGAUUGGUAGAUAGUUUUAUUCGGGCUAUUCCUGGAUUGGGAAGCGAAACUGUCAUGCCAAUUUUGCCGAAAAUUUUCGAUCGAAUCUAUGAAGGAGAAGAGUACCCGCUAGUCAUGUCGAUGUUUAUGUGCAUUUUCGGCAGAACAUUAUUAAGUUCGCACGAAGUGUUCGCCCGAGUGAUUGCGGAAGUAGCGCGCGAUAAGAACGAGAACGAGCAAGUUACCCUGAUAAAAAUUUUCGAUAUUUUCUUAACCCGAAUGUCCAAUGUUGCCCAAUUGGAUCAAAGGAAAUUAUUAGGAUUAACGCUGACUAAUUUCCUUACCACCCAGUCGACGCCAAUCUUGCAACGUUUCAAUAAAAUCAUGUCUAAUAUUGUGGAGGUUCUGAACGACAUCAGCAAAGCGGAAGAUGAUGGCGCUUAUGUCGACACGCUGGUUUUAUUGGAGGGUCAAAGCCCCAGUCACUUUGAUGAGUAUGGCAGCUGUUAUGAAACUGAUCACGACCAAAGAAAGAAACAGCUAAUUUUGAACGAUCCCGUGCAUACAAUUGUUCUAAAGGACUAUCUGCAGUCUCAGGUUUUCGCUCUCCGUGGACAGUUAGGACAACAAUACGAAGAACUAAUCCGAAGCCUAGACGCGGCCGUAGUAAGCCAAUUAAAAGAAUAUAUCACUUUUUAGGUAUUUUAUUUGACUAAUUUCUAAAUUUUCUUUUAUCGCCUGCCUGAGUGCUUGCUUGUGUACGCAAGUGGAAACUACUAAGGAAGGUUGUUGAUUUAGUAAUGUCCAAACAUGUUCCGUUAAAUGUAAUAUUUCAAACUAGUUUUAUUUUACUAUACUCUGUAUAAAGAUUGAUCCGAGCGGACAUUAAAUAUUUUAAAUUUUA